AUGUUCAUGCUGAACGCGUCUGGGUCCCUUAUCUUGAUGUACCUCUGCAAGCUCGUUGCUGCACCAAAAGCCUCGUUUGACGAGCUGAACUCAGCUGACUCCAUCGCAUCUUUGUGCACGAUGGAUAUGGCGCUCAUGUCGAUAGCUCUGCUUCUGCGAAUGCAUGGAGUAACAGGGGCGAGCUUUCUUUUAUGGUCUUGCGGAUGUUUCCUUCAUUAUCUCUUGCUCCUCUACUUCAUCUAUCGGGUCUUUGUGGUGGAGGGCUACAGCUGGUCCAAGUAUCGCCCUUCAUGGAUGAUUCCUCCGAUAGGUAUCUGUAUAGCAGCUGGAACAGGCUAUGAGGUUGGUGUCGGCACGUUGGCAGAUCUCUUCUUCUACCAGGGGCUUCUUGCAUUUGCUUUCCUCUUCCCUGCUGCUGUUUUUCGCGCACAUUUCUGCGGCUUGCCAGAAGAAGAGGUAAAUGAACCGCAGUAUGCUAUCCUUGCGGCUCCAUCUGCACUCCUUCUCUGCAACUGGAUAACCAUCGGAGGAGGCAGUCAAGACUGGCUCACUCACAUUCUUUUCUUGGUCGAAAUCUUCGCCGCAUGUCUGGUUUUCGCAAAGAUGCAAGUUUUCGCAAGAUUUUCUUUCACGGUACAUCAAGCCUCAUUCACUUUCCCUGCAGACAUAACAGCAAAGGCCAUGAUAAUGUACACCUUGGUUGUCCUUCCUCAAAAUUUCUUUUUUGCCUCUCUCAGUUUCAUUCUUCUUGGUUUCGCUAGCAUUGUUGUUUUGGUCGUCUCUUUGCGAUAUCUCACAGCUGCAUUAGACGACAUAAGCGACAAGAGCCCGUUGACUCCUGUUGCGUAA